UAAGACAUUUCAUGAUCAUAUGAGCUUUGACAGGUCGUGGCAGUUCGUUUCGUGGUAAUUUGUGAGGUCAGUUGAAAAAGUGAACGAAUUGCGGUAGGUAGCGUAUUAUAUCUGCGCAAUAAAAAACAAGAUUUGACAAAUGGGAAAGAAACAUAUUUACGUCACUUUUGUGCUCGUUUGCAUUUUAAUUGUGUUUGGAAACGGUUACAAGUUGAGCCAAUCGGCCAACGAUCAAUCACAGUUGUCUCAAGACGGUGAUUAUGUUACUAAUUCUUACACGCAUUACGAAGAUCUCCAACAAUUGCUCCGUUCAUUGGAGCAAAAAUAUCCACAUUUGGCUCGAGUGUUCUCUAUAGGUAAAUCAGUGGAGGGUAGGGAUCUCCUAGUUUUGCAAAUUUCGGAGAAUGUUAGUCGACGUAAUCGUCUCGAGCCUAUGGUUAAGUAUGUCGCCAACAUGCAUGGCGACGAAGCAGUGGGCAGAGAACUGCUUAUCAUCUUUGGCCAAUAUCUUUUAGACCAGUAUGACAAAGAUAAUCGAAUUGCCCGAUUGGUAAAUGAAACUGAUAUCUAUUUGAUGCCAUCUAUGAAUCCAGACGGUUUUGAAAAUUCACUGGAAGGAAAAUGCGAAUCCAAAGACGAUUUUUCUGGUAGGGAAAAUGCCAAUCAUGUUGACUUAAAUCGUGACUUUCCUGAUCAGUUUGACAGGAAAAUCAAUCGAAAAUCAUUUAGAAAAGGCAACUCCAUACUUAGAGGUCGUCAGAAUGAAACAAUUGCUAUGAUGACUUGGAUUUCUAAUGAACCAUUUGUACUUUCUGGAAAUCUUCAUGGUGGUGCUGUAGUUGCUAGUUAUCCAUAUGAUUCUGGUAUUCCCAGAACAUGCUGUAUAGAGAGCAAGAGCCCAGAUGAUACUUUGUUUAAGUAUCUUGCUCAUGUUUAUGCAGAUAAUCAUCCAGAAAUGCAUAAAGGUGAUGCUUGUCCACCAGAAAUAUUUCCAGGUGGUGUCACAAAUGGAGCAUAUUGGUAUGAAGUAGUUGGCGGAAUGCAGGAUUAUAAUUAUGCUCGUUCUAAUGCAUUUGAAAUAACAUUUGAACUGAGCUGUUGCAAGUAUCCACCUGCUUCAACAAUAGCAUAUCAAUGGCAGCUGAAUAAAGAAUCUCUAAUUAAAUAUCUAGAACAAGCACAUAUCGGGAUAAAGGGUUUUGUUCGCGAUGAAAAUGGCAGUUCAAUUCAAGAAGCAAGCAUUGUUGUGGAUGGAAUUAAUCAUAACGUAACAACUACAUCCGACGGUGAAUAUUGGCGUUUAUUGCUUCCAGGGAAUUAUUCAGUUUAUUCUAUUGCUUGGGGAUAUGAGCCUAGUAAACCCCUAAAUGUAACUGUAUUAGAAGGAAGACCAACAAUUCUUAAUUUUACCUUAAAUUCUAAAGAAGAACUUUAUAAGCAAGGAAAAAAUGUAAUUGAUGUUGAGGAAACAAUAAGACCUAUUGACAAAUAUGGGUUUUAUCAUACUGUAGAAUUCAAGCAUCACAACUAUGUCGCGAUGGAAAAAUACUUGAAAGAGCUGUAUGCGAAUUAUCCUAAUAUUACGAAGCUCUAUACCAUAGGUACAUCCGUACAAGGUCGCAAGUUGUACGUUAUGGAAGUCACGAAAAACCCCGGCAAACACAGUCCUGAAAAGCCAGAAAUGAAAUAUGUCGGAAAUAUGCACGGAAAUGAAGUAGUGGGUAGAGAAAUGUUAUUAUUGUUACUUAAGUAUCUUUGCGAGAAUUAUGGUAUAGACAGAAGAGUUACAAAAAUAGUAGACAAUAUUAGACUCCACGUAUUACCGAGUAUGAAUCCUGAUGGAUACGAAAUAUCUGAAGAAGGCGAUAUAUAUGGAACAAAAGGCAGAGAAAAUGCAAAUGAUAUAGACCUCAAUAGAAAUUUCCCUGAUCAGUACGAAGUCAAUAGUUUUAAUCGACAUCAAGAGCCCGAAACCAAAGUAGUAAUGGAUUGGAUAGCGAAAAUUCCAUUUGUACUUUCCGCUAAUCUUCACGGUGGAGCAUUAGUCGCGAAUUAUCCUUAUGACAACGGACCGGGAAAAUCAUCAUUUUCGAAUAAUGUUGAAAAUCCAAGCCCUGAUAAUGACGUCUUCAAGAUGCUGGCAUUGACGUAUUCCAAUGCUCAUCCUCGCAUGCAUCUUGGAGAACCGUGUCCGCCGAUCAAUGUGAAUGACGCGAAAACACUUCUUAAUGAAAAAUUUCCUGAAGGAAUAACGAACGGGGCUGCUUGGUAUUCUGUGUCCGGCGGUAUGCAGGAUUACAAUUAUGUGAACAGCAAUGAUUUCGAGAUUACUUUAGAAAUCGGAUGCACAAAAUUUCCAAACGCCAGUGACUUGCCAAAUUACUGGCUAGAAAAUCGAGAGCCACUUCUUCGUUUUAUUGAAAUGUCCCGCAAAGGUAUACAUGGUAUAGUAAGUUCAUCAAUUGGUACACCUAUACCUCACGCAAAAAUCUCAGUAGAAAAUAUAAAACAUGAUAUUUAUACUAAUGAAGGAGGUGAUUAUUGGCGACUAUUGACGCCAGGACGAUACAAUAUAACUGUUAGCGCAGUGGGUUACGAAACGCUUACGCAGAGUAUCGAUAUACCUCCAUUAGGCGAAAAUAUCGAUGUAGGAGAAGUAACUCUAGACUUUACAUUAAUGCGUGACGAUCCUGACCACUGGUCAUCUGCAUAUGAUUUUGGAUUGAGGGUAAAUUUGCAAAAAGGUUAUUUGAAAAAUUCCGAUUUGAGUGCUAGAUUCAGUCAGUUGGAAAAUCAUCAACCUAAUGUUGCAGAAUUUAUAGCUAGUGACUCGUUGAGUAUGACUAUUGAUUCACUGAAAAUUACGAAUAACAUGGGAUCACCUGAUGAGAAUAAAUUCCGCAUUGCAUUGGUCGGAGGAUUGUUUGCAUCCCAACCAGUAGGUAGAGAAAUUCUAUUACGUUUAGCAACGCACAUCCUCAUGGGAAAUCAAUUUGGAGAUCCGCCUAUUAAAAAAUUGUUAGACAACGCUAUGUUACAUUUUAUUCCUAGUGUCGAUCCAAAAUUCGAUAACAUAGCAGACAAUACAAAUUGCAAUCCUAUAGUUAAAGACGAAAUAGGAGAAACACUGUUAUCGGAAAAUAAUAAGAAACAAGCAGACGUAAUUAUAAAUAUAUUUAAGAGAAUGUUAAGGACUGAAACUUACGAUGCCGUGAUAAUAUUAGGAGGCGGAGCUUCACGUAUUAGUUAUUCAAAUGAUGAUCUCGACAUAUUUAAAACACUUGCUAAAAAUUACGAACAUCUAAGGCAUAAAAAAACAUGCAACUAUUCAAAUGAUAGUUUACAACGUUUGACAACCUUUAUACACCGUGAAUACGAUACAUCAGUGAUAAGUAUAAGCCUGUCUUGCUGCAAAUAUCCAGCCGCGGACUUAAUUCCUAAUAUUUGGCAAGAAAAUUUGCAAUCGCUUAUGGAACUAGUGCACACUCUUGCAAGUGGAAUUCGUGCAACGGUGACGGAUAAACACGGUACUCCACUUCGCGAAGCUAUCGUUGAAAUUGGAAGAAAAAACUAUAGCGUAUCGAACAAUAUGGCUUACUUCAAAAUAAUAUUGGUGCCCGGUGAAUAUACAUUAACAGUCUCUUGCAAAGACUACACUACACAAGUGUUGAAAAUUUCUGUGCAACAACAGAGGAUAACGGAUAUCGAAGUUAAGUUAAUAGAAACGAAUGUAAUGCAGUUCGGCAAUCGCGAGGAACCUGAAAAGAGUUUUGUAAAUAGAGUCUUGAGCGAUUUAAAUGCAAAAUAUCCACAACAAACGACAUUGCACAUUAUCGGCAAAACAACAAAAGGUAACAAAAUAAUGUGUUUGGAAAUUAGUUCAAAGAAUAAAUUCCAGAAAAGAGAAGUAGGACGAUCCUCGGUUAUAUUCUCGGCCGGUGUGCUACGUGCAGAACCAGUGACGUCUGGAAUACUCUUACAGUUUGCUUCAUAUCUAUUGAACAAUUAUAAACAGGAUGCUGUAAUUGCGCAUUACAUAGAUAAUUUGUCUAUAUAUGUAGUUCCAACUUUUUCGCUCGAGUCUAACAAGAGUAUCAGUUGUUCGUUGCAAUUGGAAGGUUUGCAGUUUCCGAUUCGAAAUGAGCUUACUAAUGAAGCAAUGAUGAUUGCAAAGUGGUUCAAAAACGUUGAUGCUGUGUUAGCCGUCAAUCUGAAUACUGGAUCGCGACAUAUCGAAAUUCCAUUUGGUCGCGACUACGGAGAGACACGCGAGCGGAAGUAUAAAAGCGCCGAUGAUGAGUUGCUACAACAUUUGGCAUCAGUAUAUGCUGAAGCGAGAACAAAUAAGUUCGCGAGUUCAAAAUGUGAAUAUAACUUAAAUAUCGACGACAAUAGCGUGAUACGCGCAGGUGUAGGAAUCGGCGGGAAAAGAAAUUAUCCUUUAAUAGAUUAUAUCUAUUUUAAUACAAGUACUUUAAUGAUAGAUGUAUAUGUUACCUGCUGUACUGCCGAUCAUUCAAGUGUCGUGUGGCAAGAAAAUAAAGCCAGUUUACUAGCUUGCAUGCAAGUAGUAAGCAAAAGCAUAAAAGGAUACAUCACCAAUGAAGACAAUGAACCAAUCGAAGAUGCUAUUUUAUCUUACGACAAGUCGCCACACUUGAUUAAAAGCAGCAAAUUAGGCUUUUAUUCGAUUUUAUUACAACCUGGAAGUCACAAUAUUACGGCCACUGCGCUUGGUUAUCACAACGUGACUAAACUUAUUUCCACGUCUUCGUCUGACGCAACCAACGUUAGACUAAUGUUCAAACUUAUUCGUGACGAUAAUGUCAUGGGAAUGCCUAGAUUGGUGUUUAUUAUGGUGACAGGUACGAUAGUUUUUGUUAUUUUAUUAUGUUGUGUAUGUUUCUACACAAAAUGUCAGUCUUCGGAAGAUUUGGAAGAAAACAGAAAGGCAGAAAACAGAAAAUAUGCGUUUAGUCUGCUAAAAGACGGUAACAGUUUCUUCGAUGAUGACGAAAAGGAAAUUGAGAUAUUUCGAAGACCAGUAAAUGAAUACUCUUCGAAUGACAAUGAAGUUGCCAGACCAUACUUUGAUGAUGAUGAUAAUACUUCUGAAGAUUCCGAUUUGGAGUUUAUUCAGCCAGAACGACAUUGGAAUAAUAAAGUACCAAGAGAAAUCUGAUAGUAUAAAUGUUUUGUACAAUAUACAAUUAUUAAUUAAUAUUUAUAUAUAUAUAAUGGUUUGAUUUUUUUUUU